AUGUCUGCCCCUAGUUCCAAGAAACCACAGCGUCGUUUUCAAUUCAUCGACAAUAGUGAUGUUACCUCAAUGGGAUCCAACUCCACCCAAGUCCGGCGCCAUGUAAUGCAGGAAUAUAUGAGGGAGAAGCGAUGGGAGGCUCGCUCUCACUCCAACACCGCCGAUGGAUCUGAAGGACCGACUCGAAAGAAGCCAGACAAGCCUAGAUCGCGACCGCGAUCGCGUCAGAGACGUCUCCAGGGUAGAGAUGCGGUAGCGACCGAUGUUCGAGAAUCGACCAGGAGUAUAGCGACGAAAGCGACUGCAAGUGACAACGCUGACGGACAGAGCUAUCUAGAUGAAGCCGUCGAGGAGAUUGAUCGUCAGAUCCCACACCUUGUGGUGGGACGGACGAAGCCUGCGACCACCUUUCGUCUAGGUUCUACGGCCUUUGCCAAGUUGGCGGAUAUGAUCCCCAACGCUCCCUUCACUCCUCCGUCCUCGACCAAGUCCAGUGAUUCAUCACCACCUCAUAAGCGGCGUUGGCCGUCGAGCGGUUCUUCGUCUCAAAGCCCGGAACCACAAUCGUAUCUGAGUGCUGCGCGAACCGAUCCGUUCGCCUCGCUCCCAAUGGAACUAAGCCCUCAAGAUCAGGAACUAUUCGAUUUCUAUGCGAACGUCAUGCCAGCUUGCUCAUAUGGGUUUGAAAGACGCAGCCCCCUUGCACACAAUUGGUACCUAACUGUGUUCAUCCCGGAGGCCAUGAAAGGUGCCGUGUGCUUCCAAAACACCAUUCUCGUUCACGCCGCCAAUACUCAAGCUUGGGUCCAAGGUCUUUCAGAAACACGUCUCGCCAUCGAGCAUCGGGCUAAAGCGUCGCAGUUGCUCCUCCAUCACUACCAACAGUACCCACACGACACUUCGGAUGCAACCAUAUCGGCCACAAUCUCUGCUGCGGCGCUAGAGGAUUUUGACCCGCGCAUAGAACGCCGUAUAUACGCAUGGAUGCACUGGGACGCGGUGGUGCAAAAGAUCAGAGACCGAGGUGGACCAGCAGCCCUGGUUCAAAACAACAGACUACAGAUGUUGAUAAAUUGGUCCGAUUACAUUUUUUCCGGCUAUAAAGGCCAUGGCGCUACAUUCUACUUUGACCACCAGUCAUCACCGAGUCACUCAUCUGACCAAGAGGCUGAGGCUAUUGCUCGUGCUGAGAUCGCCGAGCAGUGUGAGGAAUUCAUCACCUUCCUCAAAUGCGCCGAACAUCUUGCCCUUGUCCAAGCCGGCAUGCAGGGCAACCCGAUCUCACGAAAUCAACAACCCUUGCGCUACUCUGUCUUUUUACCUGGACAACCACUUUACAAUCUCCUUGCAAGCCCAAAUGGCCCACGGUACACGGAGACGGGACAAUUCAAACAGAUCAUUUCCAGGUUGGCGUCUCUGAUGACAAUCAACACAGCCGUUUGGGAGUAUCGUCACUCAACGGAAUUCAGCGAAGCAUUCUUUGCUGAGCUCAUGGACAACAUCAUACAUAAUGAACUAGAUCGACACAUUUCAGUGGAAGCACUGAUACAAAUAUUGUUGAGUGGGAGCAAAAACCCUGUCUUAUUUCAUACGGAGAGACCAUGGUUUGUGGGGAGAAUGCUCAAGGUCUCUAAGCGCUUGUCCCGACCGACUUUUGAGAGGCUGAACGAGUUACUCCUAAACUUCCUGUCUCUGGGCCCAGGGCUCGCACCCGCCAUGUUGGACUGGGAAGACGAGCUCCGUGCAGAGAUUUUGAACGCCCCUUUGGUCAGUUAUCGGUCCCGGUUCAUGCUGGAACCACCAUGA